CAUUCACCGAUCGGAAAAACAGCGAGCGAGAGUGAGAGAGGCAGAGAAGAGAGAGAUAACCGAUGCAACCGGCAAGGGAAAGCGACCUAAACCACCGUCUCAUGCCUCGGCUCCUCUGUCUCUUUUACUGACGGCUGAAAGCGCGGUUUUGUGGCUGACAUUUCACCGCUGGAUUUUGGGUCGUAGUCGGAUGCGGGCUUGUUUUGACUGCAGUAAUAGUCCUACUCCCCCCUCCUCCUCCUCUUUUACCAACCGAGUAGCGGAUUUGCGAGGGAUCUCAGCGCUGUGCAGCUCCCCGAGUGACCAGCGAUCCUGCAAGGCAUCGGAGACGCACCGUGCGCCUCCGCGGCUCUCCACCACACGAGACAACCCGCAAGAGCCUCUAAAGAUCUUAUUUCUGUGAGGAUUUGGACAUAAGCGCCAAGUUUCCGAUUGGAUUUUUUUCCCUGUGCGGCUACCUUGCUUCUGUCAUCAGAUCGGCUGCAAAUCCCAUUUUCGCUUUUUUUUCUUUUCCAAAGCACCGUUGACGCCAUUUUCCUCGGGGUUUUCUGUCAAAAAAUAUACACAUAUAUUCUGGCACCGUUUGACAGCUCCCCAGGAGGCUGUCAUCCCGUCCGUCGCUUGUGUAAAAUGUGUCUAAAUGGAUUGUAAAUGAUCUUGAUAAAAUAUUUACACGUUAGAGCCGAGUGUGUGACAACAUUAGACAUGGAUUGUCCCUGGCUUCGCUGCGCUCCUGUGGGACAACCGACCCAACCCCAGUAGCUGAUUGACAACAACCAACCAGCUUGACAAACUUCUGUUCUCUAUCUUCCUAUUGGCUGGCUGCCACAGCUUUGCCCAUCCUUACUGGCUCUGGCGGGAGCGUGGAUGGAGCCAAGGGAUCUGGUUGGCUCGGCCCGACCCAAAGAGGCGGAGUUACAGGGAGGCAGGGUGGGGCCAAAUGGAGAGGACCAGGAAGGAGCAGGGGGUAUCGACUUGGCGCGCAGUGAUGAUGUGAUUAACGGUGGCAUCAGUGAAGGGGAGGGGCUUGAGGAGCAGGGGGAGGGGCUUCUGGAGGAGCAGGAGUUCUCCAUCAAGGAAGCGAGUUUCCAGGAAGGAAGUCUAAAGCUGAAGAUUCAGACCACCAAGCGCACCAAGAAGCCCCCCAAAAGCCUGGAAAACUACAUUUGUCCACCGGAGAUCAGGAUGACCAUCAGACCUCCGGUUGGAGAGGGCAAAGGGGGGCGGCAAGGACGAACAGGAGGCGGGGCAGGAGCCGGAAGGGGUCAGAAGGACGAAGAGCGAGGACCCCCCAGAAAAAGAACAUACGAGCGCCAAUUCAGAAUGCCUGAACAAAGAGAGGGAGGCCUGCUGCAACUACUGGGAGAUCACACUCCGCCCAAACACCAGCUUCGCAGCUCCCUCCUUCCUACACACCCACACUCUCACAUACAGCAAACACAGCACACACUCACGCAACAAUUCCAACACAUUCAUGCACACCAACACCAAAUCAAUCCAGACUGGAUCACGUCGACAGCACCUUCUGCAUCUCCAGCCAAUCCUGCAGAUUCUGAGCCAGCCAGAGAACUGGCAGGAACUGGUAGAAGCUCUUUGCUCGAUCCAACCCCACUUUUCUCACGAACAGUGACACAAAGCCCCUCACCUCAAAGGUCCCUGACUCCAGACCUGCAGCUGCCAGUAGUUACUGAUGCCAGUAUUCUCAACCUGACCUCUCUCAGCAGGGGAAGGGGUUUGCAAGAGGUCAGUGAACAGCUCUUUGGGAACAUCAAGAGGAAGUACGGCAGGAAGGACUCCCAGAGGAUGCUCUGUAAUCCUCACAGUGCUGAUACACCAUGGGGAAGACCGCCAGAGAAAGGAUCGGAGAGCCCUACUAAUUCAGAGGAGAGGCAGAAGUACAGGCAAGAAGAGACAGCUGAGCGAUUCCAUGAAGAAAGAGAGGAAAGGAAAAAAGAGGAAAGAGAGCGAGCAAUUCCUGGGAGGAGAGGAGAUGAAGAGGACAGAGGGAUUCCCAUGCUGACAGACGAAGGGAAAGGAAGAAAGAGGCGGAGGAGGCCCUCUUUUGACGAGUCAUUUUCUGUAGAGGAGCAAUCACAGCAACGGCAAGACUCUGACACUACAGAGAAGCACCAGCCAGGGCCCCCAGAACCCAAAGUAGCACAUAAAAUGGAGACUCACAAAAAUGAUUCUAGACUCACAAGUCAGGCUGAUGUCAGUGGAGAGAGGACAGAUAAAGGCGAUAAACGGGAAAAGGGUGAGAGGGCUGACAGGGCAGAAAGAGGAGAGACAGUUUCAAGUGGACCUGACCCAGAGUUAGCUUUGAGCAUAAAUAGAAUGAAAAAGAACCCAGUGGGUCGUCCUAAGAUCAGCGCAGACACCCUAAAACACAGAGAGCCUACUAAUAACCACAUCAACAAACCCAUUCUUACAGCAAAUCCCAGACUACCUAGCCCAAACCCCAGCCCCAGCCCCAGGGGUAGCGUCAGUCCUAGCCUAAGCCCUAAACCCAGGGCUAAUCUUAGCCCCAGUCCUAGUCCUAGACCCAGGAUGACCCUAAGUCCUAGCCCCAGCCACAGCACCAGCUCCACAGCCAGCUCGAGACCAAGCAAGGCCAAGGACAGAUGGUCCUACCUAAAAGCAAAAAGCCACGCAAGCCUCACGUCACCCCAGAGGGACAACCGAGGUAGCCCAUUGGCCUUAGCUGAUCCACCUUCAGCCUUCCCCAUCACCCCUUCUAGCCCUCUCUACACCAACACUGACAGCCUGACUGUCCACACACCCAUUAAGAGGAAACGAGGACGCCCCAAGAAACAGCCCCUCCUCACAGUGGAGACCAUCCACGAGGGCACCUCCACCUCACCCCCAAGCCCACUUGCACAGGACAACUCUGCAGGGCUAAACCGCAGGAGAAAGACACACACACUAAAUACAUUAGCGCAAAUGGCCUCCACGACCCCCAGCGCCAAUUCUAAUAGUCUGAAACUAAAACGUGGCAGGGGCCAUUCCAGACCAGUGAACAAGAUGAAGCUCGGGAAAAUGCAGAGCAUCCUAAAUGAGAUCCUUUCAGGUUCCAGUCAGAACGGCACUCUGGCUCUGAAGUCAUCUUCUGCCCCUGUUACCUCAGCUAUGAGUGCUAUGGCUUCUACUAUUGAGGCACGGCUGGGAAAACAGAUAAAUGUCAGCAAGAGAGGAACCAUCUACAUUGGUAAGAAGAGAGGACGCAAACCCAGAGCAGAAACCCAAGGCUCCAACCCCCCAAAAGCCACUAGGGACAAACCCUCCCUAUCUGUGUCCUCAUCUAGUCUCUAUGAGAGCCCUGUAGUGCCUUCCACCACCUCUUCUCCCAGCUCCAGUGCUCCAUCCCUAAGAGCCAGCCACUCUGAUGCCACUAUGCCCAGUCUGCAGCCCAUCUCAGCCCUGCCCUCCAAGCCAAUAGGCAGGGGAUUCCUCUCUGGAGGAUGGAAACUGUCUCCUCCACGCCUUCUGGCUAAUUCACCCUCCCACCUGUCAGAGGGGGCAUCAGUGAAGGAGGUGACCCUGUCCCCCAUCAGCGAGUCCCACAGUGAAGAGACUAUUCCCAGUGACAGCGGGAUUGGGACAGACAACAACAGCACCUCAGAUCAAACUGAGAAGGGCCCUGCCUCUCGACGCAGGUACUCAUUUGAUCUGUGUGGGUUUGAGGCUGCGGAGGCAGCCGCACUGGAAGCAUCCGGCAGGGGCAACAGAGCACGAUGUGAACGGCAAGUAACUGCUGUGGACAACUUCCUGUCACAGCAGGAGAAGAAGCAAAAACAUCAUCGGCGGAAGAGGAAGUGCCUACAGACCCGGGAUCAUCUUCACUUUCUGUCUGAACUGGAAGAGGUUGUGCUAAAGCUCCAGCAGCUACGAGUGUCUCACAGACGAUACACCUGCUACCCUCAACACCCAUAUCCCUCCAUUUUCCGCCUCAACUUCCAUCAUUACUACCCUGUUACCUAUGACUCCUAUCCCUGUGACUCCGGAUCGUACCUCCGCAGGAGUGCUGAUCUGAAGGCUAAGAGGAGACGUGGCCGUCCAGCCAAAGCCAGCGAGCCAAUCACAUCCAAGCUGCCUUUUGUUCAAGGAUAUGGUUAUCCGCUGGCAGGGGGAAAUUACUAUGCAGCACCGUACGCCAUGCCUUACGCACCUCCUCUGAGUCUGGGCUACUUUCCUCCAGCUCCCCAAUUCUACCUUCCCCACCACUCACUAGGACCUGCACCUCCAUCUCCCUUUAUGAGGCCUGCUGUCCCCCCUCCUAAAGCUUUCCACUCCAGUGGACACUCAAAGUUCCAGCCAGGGGCCAAGCUCCGCAGCGGCAGUGGCCCACUUCAGGUGCCCUCUGUAAGAGGCGAGGGCUUGGGAUCCCUGGGCAGUGGAAGUGCAGGUGGUCUUGGAGGGGUUCGCCUCCAUAAGAGGAAGCAUAAGCACAAACAUAAGCACAAGGACGAACCCCUACUUUCACCACGAGACCGGCAUGAGUUGGGUGGGCUCUUCAGUGGAGCUAAGACCAAUGCACGCCUCAGCAUGCUGAGUGACAGGAGGGACUUAGCCAGUCAGGGCCCUUCAAAGCCUCUGGAGAAGCAGAGGGGCAGUGGUAGAGGCUCAAGCCUGGGAUCCAGCUUAGGGAUGUUUGAAUUGGACCAACUGUCCACACACUCUCUUGCUGACAACCAGUUCCACUCCCGUCAGACUGGACAGCCAAUAAAUAGCCUCAUGAGCAGCUACAGUAGCCAAUCGCAGCGGUCAGAGUCAGCAUCUGUCCUCUUUUUGGGGUCACAGGAGGACGAGUGUGGUGGAAGGAGCAGGAAGACAAGGCUCCCUGUGUUUGGAGAUCAGGGCUUAAUGUCAUUCCAAACUGCCAGGCAGGAGCCAGGACAGAUGAACGAGUGCUCGAGUCCCUCCCUCUCUGGUGUUCCUGGUAAGCGGAGGUAUAAGCGACGAGAGGUGGAACAGAUCCAGAAGGAUGUGAGGAGGAUGCAUUCUUUGAACUUUGAGCAUGUGCAGAAGAUCCUCCGUGCCAAGCGCCUGCAGCGACAAGCCAAAACAGGAAACAAUGUCAUCAAAAGAAGGCCUGGACGGCCCCGAAAACAACCCCUAGAAGAAUCGGAGCUGGUCAAUAGGAGGGAGGAAUCCCGGGCUGAUGCUCGGGGUUUGGACAUGUUGGCCAGUAGGAGAGGUGAUGGGAGGACUCUGGGGAUGCCUGUUCUGGAGAGGUGUGAUGACCUGCCAGGUAGGCAGAGCCUCAGGCCAAGUUUGACCCCCGAACCUCUGGAGUUCUCCAAUCACGAUUCCAUCUCAGCAACAAUUGAGACCGUGGUACAUCAAGCACGGUCUGUGCUGCCACUGGCCAAAGGAGCGAAACGCAGAGGCAGGGGCCAGAGCAGGGACGAGUUAUGGGCUCCCUCUAGUCAAUAGACCUGCAGAAGAGAGCAACUCUGUAAACGAAUGGAAAGCGGUUUAAGGAGUCAGUGCUCUUUCAAGCCUAUCAGAUGUAGUGCCCUUAAUUCUGGCACUCCUCGGUGCACUUUGACUUGUUUCUCCUCUCGGAUUUGUUGUGAGGACUAUAGUGGGUCAGCAGAGGAGCAGGAGGAGGGAACACUUCCAGUGCCAUCCCUCUGUUUGCUAAACCCAACCAGACAUGAGCCUUUCUAGGAUUCGUUGGACCUUCAUUUAAUAUGGCACUAUAUGGUACUAUUUGAUACUGAAUCUGAUGCUAUAAAAUGUGUGGUACUUAAGAUAGUGUAGAAUAUUAUGUGAUUCUUUAUGUAUCUGAUACAGUGAUGUGUAUGGUACUUUAUGAUACUGUAUCUGAAUGUGGCUUCAGCCAUAUAUUUACCAGCAAGGGGAGAGGGAAUGGUUAAUAUAAAACUGUGCAGCUCUGCUUAUUUUUGCCUUUCUGAGGAAGCUUGUCAAAGACAUGUGGGAUAAUACAGCAGUAAUUAAGCCACCUUACCCUAGUACUUAACCCUGUUUUUGCUCUCACCCUCAUAUACCUUCCUUGUUUUCUUCCUUUUCUCUGAGGAGUAACUGAUUCUUCCUGGAUGCUCCUCACCCCUGGUCCCACUCCCUGCUCGACACUCAACCCAAUCUUUAGCUCUAACUCUGUUGCCUGCUGCUCACCUCCCUCCCCCUUUGUCUUCUCAUCUACUCCCUAUCAUGUUUUACAUCUCCAUUGCUUGUGCUCCUUCAACCUAUCCCCCCGUCUCCAUUUAUUUCUCCCUCCCUGCUCAGGCGUGUCCUGGGCAGUGACAUAAAGGCAAUAUGGUGGAUGAGACUGUCCCAGACUGUACAUAGAAACAAAGUCCACUGUUGCCUGCCUUGUACAAUGGGAAACCAGCUCAUAGACAUGUACUGGCAUACAGUAUAUUGAAUAGAAUUGUUGUACCAUAGACAAUGAAAGUUGUGUAUUGUUUUAUAACCAAAAACAGACAUGGGUGCGACUCAAGACAAGUUUGUUUUCAGACAGAAAGAACCACAUGUAUUCAUUCAUACACUCAUUAUUGUGUUUAUAUCCAGGGGGCAUUGCAUACAGGAGGAAUAUCAGGUGUGUUUUUGGUAAACCUUAAAAUUGGUUUAAUGCACUAUGAAAAA